GAACUUUGAACUAAUAGGAAAAGGAGGUUAAUGCAAGUUCGUCGUGUUUGUGUGUCAGAAGAAUCUUACGAGAGAGAAUUAAAGCUAGAAAUGUCGUCUGAAGUGUACGACUGCAUCGUCAUUGGCGCAGGGAUCCAGGGGUCCUGCACUGCCUAUCAGCUGGCCAAAAACCAGCAGAAAACUUUACUGCUGGAGCAGUUUGUUUUGCCCCACUCCAGAGGGAGCUCUCAUGGCCAAACCAGGGUUAUACGGAAAACCUAUGAGGAAGAUUUCUACGUACAGAUGAUGCACGAAAGCUAUGAGCUCUGGGCUCAGCUUGAGAGAGAAGCAGGUGUUGAACUGCACAGGCGCACUGGUUUACUGGUUAUGGGUCCAGAAAACGGAGAGGGUUUCUCACGCCUAAAGGCCACGAUGCAAAGGCACAAGAUUCCCACAGUGUUUCUGGAGAAGCAGGAAUUCAGCCAGCACAUUCCCAAUGUGAAUCUCGCUGAUGGGAACGGAGCGCUGAUAGACACCUUUGCUGGCGUGCUGUAUGCGGACAGGGCCCUCCGAGCUGUGCAGAGGAUGUUUCAGUCCUGUGGGGGUGUGAUAAAGGACGGGGAGAAAGUGAUUGACAUCAGGCCUGGUGCGGAAGUCACUGUAACGACGGACUCUGGAGUGUACAGAGGGAGGAGUCUGGUGAUCACUGCAGGACCCUGGGCCAACACUCUGCUGACACACACAGGACUGCAGCUCCCGCUCAAGGUUGUAAAGAUUAACGUAUGCUACUGGAAGGAGAAGAUCCCAGGCACCUACAGUGUCGGCCAGAGUUUCCCAUGUUUUAUAGCGAUGGAGCCAAAAGAGGGGGAAUAUGAUAUUUACGGCCUUCCAUCCAAUGAGUAUCCAGGACUAAUGAAGGUGUGUUACCACAUGGGCAGUGAGACCGAACCGGAUGAGCGAGAUAAACAGACGGAUAGAGGGGACAUCGAUAUUCUGGUGCGUUUGGCAAACACACAGACCGUAGCUUCUGGGUGGGAAGUUGCCCCUCUUUCCACCCGGAAUUUGUCUCAAGCCAAGCUCUGA